UUUGUGUCAAGGUGGAAUUACAGAAAAUACUUUACCCGAAGAUGGCCACUGCACAAUUGCAGAGAACUUCCAUGAGUGCAUUGGUGUUCCCCAAUAAGAUAUCAACUGAGCAGCAAUCUUUGGUAUUAGUGAAGAGGCUCCUAGCAGUUUCAGUAUCCUGCAUCACGUAUUUGAGAGGAAUAUUUCCAGAAUGUGCUUAUGGAACAAGAUAUCUAGAUGAUCUUUGUGUCAAGAUUCUGAGAGAAGAUAAAAAUUGUCCAGGAUCUACACAAUUAGUGAAGUGGAUGCUAGGAUGCUAUGAUGCUUUACAGAAAAAAUAUCUAAGGAUGGUUGUUCUAGCUGUAUACACCAACCCAGAAGACCCUCAGACAAUUUCAGAAUGUUACCAAUUUAAAUUCAAGUACACCAGUAAUGGACCAAUCAUGGACUUCAUAAGUAAAAACCAAAGCAGUGAAUCUAGUAUGUCAUCUGCUGACACCAAGAAAGCCAGUAUUCUCCUCAUUCGCAAGAUUUAUGUUCUAAUGCAGAAUCUGGGACCUUUACCUAAUGAUGUUUGUUUGACCAUGAAACUUUUUUACUAUGAUGAAGUUACACCCCCAGAUUACCAGCCUCCUGGUUUUAAGGAUGGUGAUUGUGAAGGAGUGAUAUUUGAAGGGGAGCCUAUGUACUUAAAUGUGGGAGAAGUCCCAACACCUUUUCACACCUUCAAAGUAAAAGUGACCACUGAAAAAGAACGGAUGGAAAAUAUUGAUUCAGCUAUAUUAUCACCAAAGCCAUUAAAAACACCACUUCAGAAAAUUCUCAUGGACAAGGAUGAUGGAGAUGAUGAACAGGAGCAUUAUAUAAGUGUAAAACCAAAUUUAAUUUGUGAGGAAGAUGAAAUUAUGAGGUCUAAAGAAAGUCCAGAUCUUUCAGUUUCUCAUUCUCAGGUUGAGCAAUUAGUCAGUAAAACAUCUGAACUUGAUGUAUCUGAAAGCAAAACAAGAAGUGGGAAAAUCUUUCAGAAUAAAAUGGCUAAUGGAAAUCAACCAGUCAAAUCUUCUAAAGAAAACCGGAAGAGAAGUCACCUCGAAUCUGGGAAAACAGUCCUUCAUCACUUUGAUUCUUCUAGUCAAGAAUCAGUCCCCAAAAGAAGGAAGUUCAGUGAACCAAAAGAACAUAUAUAAAAAUUAUUUUUCUUCUGCAUGUUUGCAAAGUUCAUUGCAACAUUUAAAGGACACUGUAUUACUAUUUUAAGGUGUGUUUGCCCUACUUCUGGAAAACUUAUAUGUAGUCUGAGGCAAUUAAAAUUGAAUUCUUAGCUAUCACAUCGUGAUCCUUAACAUUAUCUGAGACAAAUCCAAGAGAACUUAUGAAUAAAACCACAAGAACCAGUGUCAUA